UCUUAAAGUUUAUAAAAGAAACAGGUUCAAGAUGCAAGCUAGGAAAGAAGAGGAUGAUGUUAAAAAGAAUAAGAGUGAAGCAAAUGAGGCAAGAAAUCUUCUCGCUGAAGAAGUAACUGGGAGUCUUCCGAACCUUUCAAACAUGAAUACUACCACAUCGAAGCUUGAUAAGCGAACAGGAAAGAAGGACAAGGGCGAGAUCAUGCCUCUUGAUUUUCUUGCUGAUGUCUGCACAAACUCUCGCUUCAAAAAUAUAUGCGAAACGUCUUCCAUCAAAAAAGCAUUUGAAACCAAUAAGAAAUCUGCUAAUAUGCACAAGAAAAGUGAACAGAGAAAACCUUCCCAGAUCGCUGUGCAACAUUUGGAAACAAAGACGACUCCAACUUCCUUAGCAAAGAGGCGGAGAUUUGAGAGACAGAAUGGUCAAUCUGACAUUGUUCAGGUCCCUAGUUCAGAUAGCUCGUCCCUACUGUCUAAGAAACUGGCAUCUCAAGAUCCCGAUACUGGCAAGGAUGAAUCAGAACUUACUCUUAAAGACUUGGUUAAUAAAAGAAAGGGCACCAUAAGGAAAGAAUGACCAAGAUUUACUUUAUUUGCUAAAUUACCAGAUUGUUGCAUCAUCUUUAUAUCCGUUCAACUUGGA